CUCUCUCCCUCUAGGUAUAUUAGGAGGGUUGUUGAGGGCUAAGACUCUGUGUGCCUCUGCUGUCCAGAAGACCUCGUCUCACUACAACAUGCACAGCCUGUAUGGACUUCUAGAAGCUAAGGCCUCGGCACGUGCCCUGAAGCGUAUGUUAGGGAAGAGAGCGUUUGUGAUCUCUCGCUCCACCUUCCCCAGUCAAGGCCAAUACUCUGGACACUGGCUAGGAGACAACAGGAGUCACUGGAAGGACAUGUACACCUCGAUAGCAGGUAUGCUAACCUUUAACCUCCUGGGUGUUCCCCUGGUGGGGGCUGAUAUCUGUGGCUUCAGUGAGCAGACUGAGGAGGAGCUGUGUGUCCGCUGGACUCAGCUAGGAGCCUUCUACCCUUUCACACGCAACCACAACUCUAUCGACCAGAAGCCUCAGGACCCCCCAGCGUUCAGCCCUCGAGCCCGUUCAGCCAUGAAACAGUCUCUGCUGCUCCGCUCCUCUCUGUUCCCUCUGCUCUACACGCUGUUCCACCGCGCACACACACACGGACACACCGUCGCUCGCCCUCUGCUGUUCGAGUUCCCCAAGGACGUGAGAACGUAUGGGAUAGACAGACAGUUCCUAUGGGGGAAGAGUUUGAUGGUGACACCAGUAUUAGAUCCAGGUGUGGACUUUGUUGUGGGCUACUUCCCUCAGGGUCUCUGGUACGACUACUACACGGGUGAUUCUGUCCGUAGUAAAGGAGAAGAGUUGAGGCUCAAGGCUCCUCUAGAGCAUAUCAACCUUCACCUGAGAGAAGGAGCUGUCAUACCUACACAGCGUCCCAACACAACCCUGUUUGUGAGCAGUGGCCAGCCGCUCCACCUCGUGUCCAGUCUGUCUGAAGACGGCUCGGCCGGAGGAGAGCUGUUCUGGGAUGACGGAGAGAGCAUCGACACCUUUGAGACCGACCAGUACGCUCACGUAGUGUUCACUGUGGUGAAGAACACGAUGACAUCGGAGGUGCUGCACGACCACGUGGAGGCUUCCUACAUCACCGUGGAAACAGCCUCCUUCUAUGGCGUGAAGGUGGAGCCUACCAGGGUUACGGUCAACUCCCAUGAUGCGGCAUUCACCUACAGAGCCAAUCAGGUGUUGACUGUAACAGAUCUGGGGCUGAAUCUCAGUCAGAACUUCACCAUCCGUUGGAUCUAGCAGCUUUUCCCCAAAAAAAUGGAGGAAUGUUUGAUGGUUUUCCCUUCCCUGACGGUCCCUGCAGCUUUACGCCCCACGGCCGUGACCCAAAUGGCACCCUAUUCCCUAUAUAGUGUACUACCAGGGCUCAAAACACGCUCACUGUGGGACACACCAUGUGUUGCUCCGGGUGGAAUUGAAUCCUGACCUGAACCAUUAGAUACUAACCUAGGACCAGAUUACCCUCCUACAAUCCUAACCUGAACCAUUAGAUACUAAUCUAACCACUGAUCUAGGACCAGAUUACCCUCCUACAAUCCUAACCUGAACCAUUAGAUACUAAUCUAACCACUGAUCUAGGACCAGAUUACCCUCCUACAAUCCUAACCUGAACCAUUAGAUACUAACCACUAACCUAGGACCAGAUUACCCUCCUACAAUCCUAACCUGAUCCAUUAGAUACUAAUAUAACCACUGAUCUAGGACCAGAUUACCCUCCUACAAUCCUAACCUGAAUCAUUAGAUACUAACCACUGAUCUAGGACCAGAUUACCCUCCUACAAUCCUAACCUGAUCCAUUAGAUACUAAUCUAACCACUGAUCUAGGACCAGAUUACCCUCCUACAAUCCUAACCUGAAUCAUUAGAUACUAACCACUGAUCUAGGACCAGAUUACCCUCCUACAAUCCUAACCUGAUCCAUUAGAUACUAAUAUAACCACUGAUCUAGGACCAGAUUACCCUCCUACAAUGCUAACCUGAACCAUUAGAUACUAACCUAGGACCAGAUUACCCUCCUACAAUCCUAACCGGAUCCAUUAGAUACUAACCUAGCCACUGAUCUAGGACCAGAUUACCCUCCUACAAUCCUAACCUGAACCAUUAGAUACUAACCACUGAUCUAGGACCAGAUUACCCUCCUACAAUCCUAACCUGAACCAUUAGAUACUAAUCUACCCACUGAUCUAGGACCAGAUUACCCUCCUACAAUCCUAACCUGAUCCAUUAGAUACUGAUCUAGGACCAGAUUACCCUCCUACAAUCCUAACCUGAACCAUUAGAUACUAACCUAACCACUGAUCUAGGACCAGAUUACCCUCCUACAAUCCUAACCUGAACCAUUAGAUACUAACCUAACCACUGAUCUAGGACCAGAUUACCCUCCUACAAUCCUAACCUGAUCCAUUAGAUACUAAUCUACCCACUAACCUAGGACCAGAUUACCCUCCUACAAUCCUAACCUGAACCAUUAGAUACUAACCUAACCACUGAUCUAGGACCAGAUUACCCUCCUACAAUCCUAACCUGAACCAUUAGAUACUAAUCUAACCACUGAUCUAGGACCAGAUUACCCUCCUACAAUCCUAACCUGAACCAUUAGAUACUAAACUAACCACUGAUCUAGGACCAGAUUACCCUCCUACAAUCCUAACCUGAUCCAUUAGAUACUAAUCUAGGACCAGAUUACCCUCCUACAAUCCUAACCUGAUCCAUUAGAUACUAACCUAACCACUGAUCUAGGACCAGAUUACCCUCCUACAAUCCUAACCUGAUCCAUUAGAUACUAAUCUAGGACCAGAUUACCCUCCUACAAUCCUAACCUGAUCCAUUAGAUACUAACCUAGGACCAGAUUACCCUCCUACAAUCCUAACCUGAUCCAUUAGAUACUAAUCUAACCACUGAUCUAGGACCAGAUUACCCUCCUACAAUCCUAACCUGAUCCAUUAGAUACUAACCUAGGACCAGAUUACCCUCCUACAAUCCUAACCUGAUCCAUUAGAUACUAAUCUAACCACUGAUCUAGGACCAGAUUACCCUCCUACAAUCCUAACCUGAUCCAUUAGAUACUAACCUAACCACUGAUCUAGGACCAGAUUACCCUCCUACAAUCCUAACCUGAACCAUUAGAUACUAAUCUAACCACUGAUCUAGGACCAGAUUACUCUCCUACAAUCCUAACCUGAACCAUUAGAUACUAACCACUGAUCUAGGACCAGAUUACCCUCCUACAAUCCUAACCUGAUCCAUUAGAUACUAACCUAACCACUGAUCUAGGACCAGAUUACACUCCUACAAUCCUAACCUGAACCAUUAGAUACUAACCACUGAUCUAGGACCAGAUUACCCUCCUACAAUGCUAACCUGAACCAUUAGAUACUAAUCUAACCACUGAUCUAGGACCAGAUUACCCUCCUACAAUCCUAACCUGAACCAUUAGAUACUAAUCUAACCACUGAUCUAGGACCAGAUUACCCUCCUACAAUCCUAACCUGAACCAUUAGAUACUAAUCUAACCACUGAUCUAGGACCAGAUUACAAUCCUACAAUCCUAACCUGAACCAUUAGAUACUAAUCUAACCACUGAUCUAGGACCAGAUUACCCUCCUACAAUCCUAACCUGAAUCAUUAGAUACUAACCUAACCACUGAUCUAGGACCAGAUUACCCUCCUACAAUCCUAACCUGAACCAUUAGAUACUAACCUAGGACCAGAUUACCCUCCUACAAUGCUAACCUGAACCAUUAGAUACUAAUCACUGAUCUAGGACCAGAUUACCCUCCUACAAUCCUAACCUGAUCCAUUAGAUACUAACCUAGGACCAGAUUACCCUCCUACAAUCCUAACCUGAACCAUUAGAUACUAACCACUGAUCUAGGACCAGAUUACUCUCCUACAAUCCUAACCUGAACCAUUAGAUACUAACCACUGAUCUAGGACCAGAUUACCCUCCUACAAUCCUAACCUGAACCAUUAGAUACUAACCACUGAUCUAGGACCAGAUUACCCUCCUACAAUCCUAACCUGAACCAUUAGAUACUAAUCUAACCACUGAUCUAGGACCAGAUUACCCUCCUACAAUCCUAACCUGAACCAUUAGAUACUAACCACUGAUCUAGGACCAGAUUACCCUCCUACAAUCCUAACCUGAACCAUUAGAUACUAAUCUAACCACUGAUCUAGGACCAGAUUACCCUCCUACAAUCCUAACCGGAUCCAUUAGAUACUAAUCUAACCACUGAUCUAGGACCAGAUUACCCUCCUACAAUCCUAACCUGAUCCAUUAGAUACUAAUCUAACCACUGAUCUAGGACCAGAUUACCCUCCUACAAUCCUAACCGGAUCCAUUAGAUACUAACCUAGGACCAGAUUACCCUCCUACAAUCCUAACCUGAUCCAUUAGAUACUAAUCUAACCACUGAUCUAGGACCAGAUUACCCUCCUACAAUCCUAACCUGAACCAUUAGAUACUAAUCUAACCACUGAUCUAGGACCAGAUUACCCUCCUACAAUCCUAACCUGAACCAUUAGAUACUAAUCUAACCACUGAUCUAGGACCAGAUUACCCUCCUACAAUCCUAACCUGAACCAUUAGAUACUAAUCUAACCACUGAUCUAGGACCAGAUUACCCUCCUACAAUCCUAACCUGAACCAUUAGAUACUAAUCUAGGACCAGAUUUCCCUCCUACAAUCCUAACCUGAACCAUUAGAUACUAAUCACUGAUCUAGGACCAGAUUACCCUCCUACAAUCCUAACCUGAACCAUUAGAUACUAAUCUAACCACUGAUCUAGGACCAGAUUACCCUCCUACAAUCCUAACCUGAACCAUUAGAUACUAAUCUAACCACUGACCUAGGACCAGAUUACCCUCCUACAAUCCUAACCUGAACCAUUAGAUACUAACCUAACCACUGAUCUAGGACCAGUGUAUAGGACUGGGUUCCCCAACUGGUUUUAUUUGACCCCCUCCCAAGUUUUCUGAAUAUUUUUUUUUUUUUUUUUUUUUUUUUUUUUUUUUUAUCAAGACAAGAUAUUUCAUUUUUAUUGUUAGACAUAAAAAAAACUGUUUUUACUAUUUUACUAAACUAUUUUUAUUUUUUAAAUGUGUUCCUAGGUAUUCCCAAUCAUAGUAGAGAGACAUUUAAUUGUAUACAAAUGUUUGAAACAAACAAGGUUUGAAAUUAUUGUUUUCGUCAAAUUAUUUUAUCUGUUUGUUUGGGCUUGUUGCAGUGAAAUUACAGUUUACAAAUGAUUUGUAAUUAUUUUCCGGACCCAACUAUCCGCUCACAAAACAUAUUGGCCCAUGGCUACUACUUCCUUCCUGUCUGAGUCUAGUUGAUGAUCCCUGGUCUAGGGGGCUACUUCCUCCCUGUCUGAAUCUAGUUGAUGGUCCCUGGUCUAGGGAGCUACUUCCUCCCUGUCUGAGUCUAGUUGAUGGUCCCUGGUCUAGGGGACUACUACUUCCUUCCUGUCUGAGUCUAGUUGAUGAUCCCUGGUCUAGGGGACUACUACUUCCUUCCUGUCUGAGUCUAGUUGAUGAUCCCUGGUCUAGGGGACUACUACUUCCUCCCUGUCUGAAUCUAGUUGAUGGUCCCUGGUCUAGGGGACUACUUCCUCCCUGUCUGCUGAAACUGUGCCAAAAAAUUGUCUGUCCCAAAUACCACCCUAUUCCCUAUAGUGUACUACUAAUGACCAGGGCCCUUGUAUAUAGGGUAUAGGGUGCCAUUUUGGGACAGGUAUAGUCUCUGUGAAGCUUUAUAGUGGUGGUGAUAGUAUUUUCCCCCCCAUGUGACAGGUAGGCCUACAUUUACUGAGGCACAGCCUGUGCUGCAGUAAUAUAAAGACAGAAUGGGCUGUAAUUUACCCGUCUCUCGCCGGCUUUCAGGGUCACCUUGUUUUUUUUAAUUGUAAAUAUUUUUAAUUUUUAUUUCCGGCUGCAGAGUUUUAAAACUGCUUGUCACUCGAAUAUCGUUGCUUUAAAUCAUUCAAAAUAUUAUGAAAGGUAUUUGUCAGCCUGCUAAUUAUACGUAAGGCCCUAUUUUAUUAUAUUACCAAAGUUAAAAUAAAAUCAGCUCGCCUCUACUAGCUGCAUGUCUCAUCCA